AUGUCUAGCAAAGAGCUUUCUGGGGGCUAUUUUACGGCCACGCAUCAUUCUACGACCUACGACUAUAUUUCGCCACUAAAGUUAGAUUUAGCCGGCAAACAUGUCCUGGUCACUGGCACCGCUUGGGAAGAAGGAGUAGGAUAUGCUACAGCUACGGCUUUUGCGCGUGCAGGUGCAUCUGCGAUAGCUGUAGCUGACCUUUAUGCCAUGCCAGACGAUCUUGUGGCGAAAUUGAAGUUGGCUGCAGCACAAGCCGGUCGCCCCGAGCCGGUAGUACUAAGCUGUAUGGUUGAUAUCGCAAGGCAAGACAGCGUUCAAGCAAUGCAUGACGCAGUGUCACAGAGCUUUGGUGGGCGCCUUGAUAUUGUCGUAAACAACGCGGCCCAUAUGGAACCUUACGGUCCAAUCCUCGAUUCAGACCCAGAUGUGUAUUGGCGAACGUGGGAAGUCAACGUUCACGGACUAUUCAACGUGGCGCGCACAUUCCUCCCCAUGCAACUCUCAACCCGUGCUGGCACCAACGGCCCAUGUAUAAUGAUCAAUGUGUCCUCUUCAGGCGCAUUGACCGCUCGAUCGGGGGGCGGAAGCUACCGAAGUUCAAAAUUCGCGAUAUUGAGAUGGACCGAGUCCUUGCAGUUAGAAUAUGGCGAUAAGGGUCUGUUGACAUUUUGUGUGAAUCCAGGCGCAAUCAAAACAAGGAUAACCGAGGGCAUUUUGCCAGGGACGGUGCGGGAUGCAUUGCCUGAUCGUCCGGAUAUAGCUGGUGAUACAAUUGCAUGGCUGGCUGCUGAGCGCAGGGAGUGGCUAGGCGGGAGAUACGUGAGCUGUCCAUGGGAUAUGGAGGAGCUCAUGAAGAAGAAAGAUGAGAUCAUCGAGAAAGACAAGCUUAAGAUGCGAAUGGUCUUUUGA